AUGAAUCUUCUUCGUAAAGCUGGCAGCUUCUUCGCACCGGAAGCAAAGAAGUCAGAAGAUAGUCGAGACCAAUGGCCCUCCCGAGCCUCAUUCGUGCUAGCAUCGAUGGGAGGCUGUGCAGGCAUGGGCAACCUGCUCCGAUAUCCUUCCGUUGUCUUCAACAAUUAUGGACUCCAACGGUUUAUACCCUACCUGAUGGCUAUCCUCAUCAUCGCCAUACCAGUCUUGAUCCUAGAAAUAGCCAUCGGAGUAGCAUAUCGAGGCGGUAGUGUCGUUGCAUACAACGCCAUGUAUUAUCGCUUCAAAGGCACUGGACUGGGCUUACUCUUCAUCGGCUUCUUCAUUGGACAUUACUUCGUGAUCAUUCUGGCAUGGAUUAUGACAUACUUUCGAUACUCCUUCCGGAGUCCUCUGCCGUGGGAAGGGAAUGGGCAGGCCUUCUAUAUGGACACUGUUGUCGCCAAUCCCCAGCCGAUUGUUGGCUCUCUCAGUCCUGAUGGCAGCACAGUACUCGGCUACACUGAAUACCCAGCAGUCGGCCUUGUCGGCGAGACUGUAGGCUGGGUUGCCUUCACUUGGUUCCUGGUCUGGCUCUGCAUCUUCCGUGGCGUGGGCCUCACCAGCAGAGUGGUCUACUUCACUAUGGGCAUACCAAUCUUCAUCACGAUAGUCCUCAUCGGUCGCGGAGUGUCGCUACCCAGCGCCGUCGAUGGCAUUCGCUUAUAUUUCGCAAGGUGGCGCGGCGAGACAUUGGCUAGUGGUCAGAUCUGGCAAGCUGCAUGCGGGCAGGUCUUCUUCUCGACUGAUGUGGGCUUCGGAUACUUUACGUCGUACGCCUCAUACAACACGAAUGACUCCAACGCCGUCAUGGACUCGAUCAUUAUCUGUUGCAGCAACGCUCUCUUCGAUACCUUGGCCGCGUUCGCAGUCUUCGGGGCGAUCGGGUUCGUAGGCUUGAUGCCAGAGUCCGGUGUGCGGCUGGGUACAUUCACAGUCGGCUUCCUGACACUUCCGGAAGCAGUCACUGAGAUGCCUGGUGCUCAAUUCUGGGCAGCUAUUCUGUUCCUGUGCUUGAUGGUUCUGGGCUUCAGCUCAUCAUUUGCUAUGCUGGAUGCGGUAGUGACCAUGAUCAUGGACGCUCAGGGUGCUGUUGCGAGUCUCAAGCGACCAGCUGUGGUCACUAUACUGGUCGUGGUGUCCUUCUUGCUCGGCCUGCCUUAUAGCACUCAAUUCGGAUACUAUCUGCUGGAAGGCAUCGAUCGCUGGAUCAAUGAUGUCGCGCUGAUCUUUGUCGUUUGGGCCGAGAUUGUUAGCGCGACCACGAUCUAUCGCUGGAAAGACGUUACUGAUCAGGUUGGGAUGUCAGCCUUUGUAUCAUAUAAUGCGGCAUACUUCGGAGGCAUCAUCUUGGGACCUGCCAUCGGCCACGCUGUCAGUCCGCCUGCCGGCGCUGGUGUAGGAUUUGGUAUCUUCAUCAUUGGCACCGCCAUCGCCAUCUUGAUCGCAAAGACACCAGAUGCGAAAGCUGCUCGAUUCUGGGGCAACAAUGCGCAUACCAGCCGUGCCUGGUACCUUGCAUUCAACUCGGGCAACCAACUUCCCCGCGACCUCAACGUGGUCGUCGGCACGGGCAAGAACUGGACCAUCCUAUGGUUCUGGACGCUCCUCAUGAGAUAUAUAUCUGCACCCAUCCUCGCCAUCGUCUACAGCUUCGCAUAUCCCUCUUUCUACCAGCUUCGGUACGAUCCACUGCACAUCGCCGGCUUCACCCUGGCACAUUUCGUGCUCGUCAUCAUCGUUCUGGGGUUCAUCGUGCCCAGGUGGUAUGCAGUGUUUGUGCCGCCGAGUCGGAGAGAUGAAGGCAAGGAGAGGACAACCGCGAAUGUUAGCUCUUUCCUGCUUGAUUCUGCGGAGGUCCAGAGCCAGGAAGAGGGAAGGGUGUCGUCCGAGGAGGAGAGCGAAUCUGAGGAGAAGAAAGCUGAUGGUGUAGGCCAUGAUGAACAAGUUGUGCGUUGA